CAGAUCGUCACCGAGCAAAGAGACAAGAAGGAGAACCCUACCACGGCUAAUCUGCGCAGCUUCUUUGCUGGGAUACGGCCGGCGUAUUUUAGCCUAACCUCCAAGCACUGAAAAAGGCUCACUCCCAUUUCUCUCUCCUGUCGGUUGGAGUUGGAUGCUUGUCGAGCUCUGCACUCUCUCUCUCUCUCCUUCUUUUCUUUUCUCUCUCUAGAUUUAGCCUUACCUGAACCUUCUUCUCGCCCCGUGUUCGCUGCAACGCAGAUCAAAGCUCUGUUUUUCAACUUCUGCAGGGGCUUCCUGUUUCUGGGUUCGAACCAUUUUCAGGGGGUUUCUUUUAAAGAUUCUUGCUUGGCGCUGAGUGAAGGGAAGCGGAGCAAGAAAGGUUGUUGCGUGUUUCAGCUCCAGAUCUGGGCAAGAGAGGUUGUUUUCAAGCAAUGGAGAUAGAGACCAGUGUGUCUUAGCUUUUUUCUUUUUUUUUUUUGUUCUUGUUCUUGUGGGGCGACUCUCGCUUGAAGUUGAAAGAAGUGAGCUCGUUUUGGUUUUCUUGGGGGAAGCUGCAAAUUUUGGAGUUUUCGACACGGUGUUCUUUGUUGGUAUUUUGUGGGCCGUGGAGUAAAAACCUUGGUGGGUUUCUCAUUUUCGCUUCUCUGUAGAGAGAGAGAGAGAGAGAGAGAAAGAGAGAGAGCAACUGGUGUGAGAAAUGCUGGCGAUUGGUAGUCCUUCGAGCAGCUUGUUUUCAAGCUCCAGCUGCAAUACUUUGCUCAGGGAACUUCAGCAACUAUGGAACGACAUUGGAGAAAGCGAAGCCGAUAAAGAUCGCAUGCUUACAGAAUUGGAGGCAGAAUGCUUACAAGUUUAUAGAAGAAAGGUUGAGGAGGCUGCCAAUGCGAAGGCUCGUCUUCAUCAGUCUGUUGCAGCCAAGGAAGCUGAGCUUGCAACACUCACAGCCGCUCUUGGAGAACUUAAUAUGCAUUCGCCUAUUCAAGCUGAGAAGAGGUCAGCAUCAUUGAAACAGAAACUUGCUUCUGUGACUCCCGUGGUGGAAGAUAUGAGGAAAAAGAAAGAGGAAAGGAUAAAACAGUUGGCUGACAUACGGGCUCAGAUCGAGAGGAUCAGUGGAGAGAUAUCAGAGUAUGGUCAUGCAAACAAUGGCGCAAGCAGUAACCUGAGUCUGGAUGAAGAAGACUUGUCACUUAGAAAGCUUUCUGAAUAUCAAACACGUCUUCGCACUCUUCAGAAGGAAAAGUCUGAACGCCUUCAGAAAGUUCUAGAGUAUGUAAACGAGGUACAUUCUCUGUGUGGUGUGCUUGGGUUGGAUUUUGGAAAGACUGUCAGCGAGGUGCAUCCAAGUCUGCAAGGUACAGCGAUUGAACAAUCAACUAACAUUAGCAAUUGUACCCUGGAAGGUCUAGAACAUGCCAUUCUGAAGUUGAAAGCGGAACGCAAGUCUCGAAUCCAGAAAGUUAAAGAUAUUGUUGCAGCAUUAUUUGAAUUGUGGAAUUUGAUGGACUCCUCAAAUGAGGAGAGGAGUAAUUUUUCAAGGAUCACAUCUGUCCUCAGGUCUUCAGAAAGUGAUAUUACAGAACCAGGCGUUCUGUCAAUGGAGAUAAUUGAACAGGCAUCAGCAGAAGUGGAUAGGCUUACUACUUUGAAAGCAAGUAGAAUGAAGGAGCUGGUCAUGAAAAGGAGGUCAGAAUUGGAAGAUUUUUGCCGACUUGCUCAUAUUGUACCUGACACUAGCACCUCUGCUGAGAAAUCCAAUGCACUGAUAGAUUCUGGGUUAGUAGAUCCUUCAGAGCUUUUGGCGAACAUUGAAGCGCAGAUAGUUAAAGUAAAAGAUGAAGCUGGGAGUAGACAAGAUAUAAUGGAUAGAAUUGACCGAUGGCUCGCUGCCUGCGAGGAGGAAAGCUGGCUUGAAGAGUAUAAUCAAGACGAGAACCGAUACAGUGCCGGAAGAGGAGCUCAUAUUAACCUGAAACGAGCCGAACGAGCUCGAGUGGCUGUUAGCAAAAUUCCAGCGAUGGUUGACAAUCUAAUAAACAGAACACUGGUAUGGGAAGAUGAGAAAAGGGCUUUGUUCCUUUAUGACGGAGUACGACUGGUAUCCAUACUGGACGACUACAAAUUGACCAGAAAACAGAAAGAAGAGGAGAAGAGGAGAUACAGAGACCAAAAGAAGCUUCAAGAUUUGCUUCUAACAGAGAAGGAAGCCAUGUACGGGUCUAAGCCUAGUCCGAGAAAAAGCAACAGCUUCAGGAAGCUAAAUGGGUAUUCUGCAAACGGGAACGGAUCCAUGACUCCAACACCACGCCGUAAUUCAAUGGGAGGUGCAACUCCGGAGCUCCUCACACCAAGAUCAUAUUCUGGACGUCAAAAUGGACAUUUCAAAGCAAUGAGAAGGCUAUCCACCGCUCCACUGAACUUCGUGGCCAUUUCUAAAGAGGACUCGAUGUCGACGUAUACAUCCAUUUGCGAUUCCGAACUUGGGUCUCCUCGACAUCUCUGAAAACCUGCGAUGGGACGGGUUACUUGUGCUGGAGAUUCAGCGGUGACCUUGUGAAUAGCGAAGGAAGUGUACACAGUAGCUUACCAUGGUACUUUAUCAAAGUGACUUCUUCAGUGGUGUUAACUGACGGUUGAGGAUGUGAAUCAGGUGUUUUUGGUUGCUUGAGAUUCUAGCAAGCGAGUUAGGAAUUCUGUGGAUAUGUUGUGGCUUUCUUUUGGUGACUGCAAGUUAUUGUCUCAUAGAUUUUAGGAAUAUAUGGCACAUGAAGUAGUGAAAGUUGCAUUCCAUUUCGGGGGAUAAUUUUUGUUAUUCGGGAGUGUCGAAUGUACAUAUAUUCAUCGUAAGUGUGGUUGAUCUUGCUUUUGUUAUUG